AUGGCGACUUUAAGAACGGAGGCGGUACCCAUGGAUCAACAUCAAACCCUCCCAAUUUCACUCCUUCAAUAUUUGUGGCGUCAUUCAGAAGUAGGAUACGUGGCAUCAAAAGGACCCAGAAAAUCUAACUUAGGAGGCAUGACAAUGGAGGCUAAUUUAAAUUAUAAAUUGACUUGUUAUACUCUUGAGUAUGAAACCAAGGAUACUGAUAUUUUGGCAGCAUUUCGAGUAAUUCCUCAACCUGGAGUUCCGCCUGAAGAAGUAGGGGUCGUAGUAGUUGUCGAAUCUUCUACUGGUACAUGGAGAACUGUGUGGAACGAUGGACUUACGAGCCUUGAUCGUUACAAAGGGAGAUGCUAUGGAAUCGAGCCUGUUCCUAGAGAAGAAGAUCAAUAUAUUGCUUAUGUAGCUUACCCGGCCAAUUUGCUACGAAAUGGAGAUUACUAA